CUUUAUUCAAGUUGGAAAUCGGUGAGACACGCACGACGACCAAAAUAACAUCGAGUUUAUUAUUUGAAUCUGUGUGCGACGGAAUGUACAAUUGUUUCACAUUUUCGGGGGAGGUGCGCGAAUUCCAUCACAAUAUAAAGAACGACAAAAUAAAUUAAUUUUUUUUUUCAUCACACAUCGUAUGCAUUACACUCGAACUGCGAAUAACAAAAGACUGAUUUUUGAUUUGAAAGCAGGAACAUUAGUGUGACAACUAAAGAUUUGGACGUGUGGCAGAAAGUUGCAUUUGGUUUUUUUUUAUACAAGCAAGCAAGCAGGAAAAAUGUCGCAAGUCAGCCGAUCAUUGAAAAAUUUGGAGGCACCGCGACCAUUGAAAUCGAGCAGUGCCAAUCGGCAAACACAUCACGCUACACCAGCAUACGAAUUGCAAACGAUCGAGGAACUAAUAACAUUAGUGGAAAAUGUUGCCGAUUCAGUUUCCAUCGGUCAAUGCAAUCCCGACAGCAUGUCGUUAUUGCUAACGAAUUUACGCAUCCUUGGGCCCAAUUUGGAAGAAUAUUCAAAAUCGACACUGGACCAAGCGUAUGUGAAAUUUCGUAAUGCAUCACAGGAUGAGCGUUUGAGCAUAAUAACGCGAAUGAAUUUGUUGGAAUUGAUUGAAUUGCGCGCUAAAAAUUGGCAUGUAACAGACGGUCUCAACACAUACUACAAACAACACAAGGUGUCCGAUGUUCAGUCAGAGAACAUAGCUGCGGCACCCAUGUUGCAAGACAUUUCCCUGUUAGACACCUCCCCCUCGUCUGUGUUGACACAAAAUGUAUUGAAUCCGGGCGAAGUGAUUCGAACAUCGGGCAAAUUUGUAAAACCGACCAAAAUUCCCGGUAAAAAUUACUCCAAAGACGAAGUAGUCAUUCGAAAUGCUGACUCUGGUAAGGUGAUGGGAAUUAAAGGUAGACGCGUCCACAUGAUCGAAGAAUUAAGUGAAACGAUUAUUUCUUUUCAAAGAGUUAAUCCAGGUGCCAAAGAACGAUUGGUUCAAAUAACAGGACCAAAUGAAGAAAAAAUCAAUUAUGCAAAGCAUUUGAUUGAAGACACAAUUCGCCGAAAUGCAUCGCCAGUUCGUUUGGAAGAAAUGGCCGGUGUUGCUGGUUCAUGCAGUUCAUUGACGUCGUCCAAUUCUGAUGAAACACACACACGCAUUAAUCGCAACUCUACGUUGCCUUCGGCCAAUAAUUUUGGCCAUCAAAAAGGUCGUGGUGCAAGCGCUUUGUUGCAUAGUCUGUCUACAAAUGACGCAUCGCUUGGCGAGUACAAAUUCACGGUCAAUGUUGGACAACACAGCAUCAAAAUAACUGGUGAUUGUAUCGAUUUGGUUCGAACUUCAAAAUUGGUUCUCGAUGAAUACUUCGCCAACAGUGAAUUCAUAUCAGGUGUUGAGGCUGGAGCCGAAUUCGGUUUAGUGAAUUCAUCGUCAAGCGCUUCAGUGACAACACCGACCACAGCUAUUCCUCUGUCACAUCAACUCAACUCGACAUCACCUUUCGUUGAUAGCGGUGUUGAUUUGAAUCAAUACAGCAAUUACAAUCAAAGCAUUGACAACGAAGAUGAAGUGUUCAUAGUGGAAAAUAGCGAUGGAAAUCAAAGUAUUGCAGACGCAACGAAGGCAUCAACCGUCCCAACAAAUGGUUUAACACGGUCGCGUCGUAGUCAUUUUUCGUUGGCCGACACAAAAGUGGAUUCGGUGAAAGAGAAUGCAAGCAAAAAUAAGUCGGAUGUCCAUGUAUCGUAUGAUAAUGAACGUUUGAAGAUGAUGGCUAAGUACCAUCAUUCGCGUCAAUUACCCAAUGGCUGGUCGAAAAUCUGCGAACUCUAUCCAAACAUUGUACGCAACAAGGUACGUGACUCUGAUGACAAGAACAACAACGAUUUGAAUCAGAACAACGUCAUUAAUAACAAUUAUAACAAGUUUCAUGCAAAGUCUAACCACUCAGGCAAUAACGCUAUGCGACGAAGCCUCUCGGUAACCCAGUAGAUCUUCUUUUUUUUAUUAGUAUUAUUGAGAUAUUUUGUUCAGAUAUUGAAUGUCUCGACAGUGUUUGAAACACAUUCCUCAAAUGAAAAAAAAAACGAAUCAUCGCAACGCGAAUUAAAUGUCAUACACUUUUUUUAA